GUUCAGAGUAUUUUGGCAAAAACACUCUUAAAUUUUAUUCAAAUUCACCUUAAUAAUAUUCUCCCCUGCAUCCAAAAUAUCUUUAGAACGAGCAAAGAAACAAAAAAGAUUAUCCCCCAAAAAAAAAAAAAAGUCAAAGAAAAAGGCAAAGGAGUAGACAAGAAAACAAAAACCUUUUCCUCCAAGUUUUUAGGAGACUCCUCCACUCCUCUCCCUUCUCAUCAUCCUCUUCCUCGUCUUCUUCCGAUUUCAAAAUGCAGUCUUCUGCAACUCCGCUUCUCUACACCCCCUGUUCAAGAACCCCAAUUCCCAAUCUGAAAUCAACAGCGUUCAGCAUCAUCACCCCCCCCGCCGCACCCCAGAAGCUGUUUUUCCCUCAACGGCAACACAGCAAUGCUGCAAGAACCAGCUUUUCGGCAUGCAGAGCUUCUGGGUCUUCGCAGUACUAUUCGCCCAUCACAGAAUUCAAUCUCUACGAACUUCUCGGUGUGGAAGCGUCCUCCGACACAGCACAGAUCAAGGAGGCUUAUAGGGGGCUGCAGAAACGCUGCCACCCUGAUAUCGCCGGGCCCUCCGGCCACGAGAUGGCCAUCGUGCUCAAUGAGGCGUAUGCUCUACUCUCUGACCCCAACUCCCGCUUGGCUUAUGAUAAGGAGCUGGCAAAAGUUGCAGAUUUGCAAGGCUACACAGGAAAGCCGAUAUAUUCUGUGUGGCUGGGGUCAGAGAGCGAAGAAAGGGCCGUUUUUGUAGAUGAAGUCAAGUGUGUGGGUUGCCUAAAAUGCGCCUUAUUUGCUGAGAAAACGUUUGCUGUUGAAUCAGUUUAUGGACGAGCAAGAGUUGUGGCUCAAUGGGCUGAUCCCGAAUACAAAAUUCAAGAGGCCAUCGGUGCGUGUCCAGUCGACUGCAUCUCGAUUGUGGAGAGAUCUAACCUGGCUGCACUUGAAUUUGUAAUGUCCAAACAACCCCGUGGCAGAGUCAGAAUCGGGACAGGCAAUACAGUGGGCGUACGUGCAUCGGACAUUUUUGAUGAGGUUGAGAAGUUCCAGGCCAGAUAUGCCAAGCAUAAGGCUUCCACAAACUACUCCAAGGAAUCAGAAGCCCACACAGCAUCAAGAAUGUCUGCUAUUCAAGCCAUUCAAAUGAUAUCAAAUUGGCUCUACUGGCAAUCUCCGAGUACAGAUGCUAUGCCUCCAGUUACCCAGAAUGCCCAACCGGGCACAAGAAAACACGCUGGACCGAGUGUUAAGAGGCUCAAAGCUGCUGCUGAAGCAAGAAAACAAGCAACGACCACUGCACGACCAAAGGAAACAUUGUCAAGUAACACGAACGAGUACUGGGUGCCCUCAGCCCUUGUGCUACCGGAGACAACCACUCCAGGUUCAGGCUCCAAAGUUGUGGCUGAUCCUAGUCCAACAAGGAAAACAAGUCGACCAAGCAAUGCUGAAUUCUUGAACCGCAGGGUGGAUUCAGGCAGCCCUUUACGCUGGGGUGUACCAUUGGGAACAGCGGUUGUGGCUGCAUUUGUGGUCCGGUUGCAGAUUGGAGAGCCGGUGGGUGGUUUACAAGACCACGUCGGUGGUUCUCUGGUGCUAGCCAUUGUUAAUAGUUCGUGGUUACAGGUUGUUUGUGCUGGUGUUACAUGGUACCUUGUUGCUAUGUAUGUAGUGGAAUUAGUGGCAGCCCUUAGGAGAAAAUGAGGGUUGUUUCGAAGAGUCACUGACUCCCGUACUUAGUAUGUAUAUAAGUAAAAGAUUUGUGACAUAGUAUUUUGCUUAAAGUUAGUGGUUACUUCUUUUACUAUUCCAUGA